UCCCGCCAUCUUGGUUUUAAAAGGGCUCGCAGCUCCUUUGCCAUGACAACGGCUGCCCAACCGUUACCCCCGAACCGCGAAGCUUAAAAUGUCCAAGAAAGAAGUAGGCCCUGCCCCCGCCGUGACCGCCCAGCCCAAGAUUAUCAUCACCACCAAGGUCCCCGGCACUGCUGCGGCUGGGACUGCGGGCCAGCCCAGCGUCUCCUGGCAGACAGGGCUGACGGACUGCUGCGCGGACACGAAGAUCUGCCUGUGUGGGGGCUUCUGCCCCUGUGUGCUCGCCUGCCAGCUGGCCGAGCAGAACGGGGAGUGUUUCUGUCUGCCGCUCCUGGACGGCUCCAUGCUGGCCCUCCGCACGGGGAUGAGAGCGAGGUACAACAUCCAGGGCUCCGUGUGCUCCGACUGGGUGGCUCUCAGCUUCUGCACUGCCUGUGCUCUGUGCCAGAUGGCCCGCGAGAUGAAGCACCAGAGAGCGAAGUGAGGAGCACAGAGCACCGCGCGUCCCUGUGGCCUCUCCCCUCUCUUGUUCCUGCAGCUGAGCUCAUUUUUUAUGUUUCUGCUCUAAGGCUUUAUCAAACAAGAGGUGGUAUUAAUAAAGUUUUGUAAAUGUU